AUGCGGUUUCCGGUCCUCGUCUACUCAGCCGUGUACCAUCUACUACCAUUAAAAAUACAAGUCUGCUGUGUCCCCGUGCUGUGUAGGCAGGCAGCCCAUUGUCCCUGUGCUUCUGUCCGUCAUCCCACCCCUCCCCCUCCUCUCAAACCCCCACGACGACAACCACAACCUCCCUCACCCCUUAUUUCCCUCCCCACUCGCCAGGAUGAGGAGACAGAGCGGUCGGAGCGGUGGGACUCGUUCCUGGGCGCGCGCGACCUGCCCUUCCUUCCGCCCUCCACUGUGCCGACCCGCGCGCCUGCUGGAGAAGCAACCUCUGGCGAAGGCGCUGAAGAGGGGGGCGGGGAGGGGAGGUUCCGCGCAGGGUUUAGGGAGGAGCUGUGGGCGGUGGAGCGCGUUUUGAGGGGCGCUUCUGUGGCAGGCGCGGGGAACGCAGGGAGGAGUGAAAGGGAUUUUGGAAAAGAGAGAGGAGGAGAGCGAGUAGGAGAGGGCAGCGGGGAGGGCAGCGUAGCAGGCAGUGGAGAGACGGGAGGAGAGGAGCAAGGAGGAGGAGGGGGAGAGGGAGGAGGAGGGGGAGAGGGAGGAGGAGGGGGAGAGGGAGGAGGAGGGGGAGGAAGCGAGGGAGGAGAAAGUGGAGCAGGCAAGGGGGCGAGUGGGAGUGUGGUGACGGAGGAGGCAUGGAGGGCGGAGCUGACGUCCCUAGUGAUGGGGGGCAUACCCAUGAACAUGCGCGGCGAGGUGUGGCAGAUCUUCGUGGGGAGUGCAGCGAGGAGGCAGGAGGGCGUGUAUGAGGCGCUGCUGAGGGAUGCGGGCAGGGAGGAGGAGCACGGGCCCAACAGCAGCCUGGCGGAGAUCACUGCAAGGAUCCAUGAGAGGGACGCUGAGGUCGCAUGCACCGUGCAGAUCGAAAAGGAUCUGCCUCGCACGUUCCCCGGUCACCCCGCCCUGGACGCCAAGGGGCGGGACGCGCUGAGGCGCCUGCUGGUGGCGUACUCGCGGCGCAACCGCGCGCUGGGGUACUGCCAGGGCAUGAACUUCCUGGCGGGGCUGCUGCUGCUGCUCAUGCCUGAGGAAAACGCCUUCUGGUGGGUGGAAGUGUGGAGAGCGGAGCACAUGGACACGAUGGGGGUGCAGAUCUCAUGGAUCACGGGGCCAUGGUUCCUCUCUGUCUUCGUCAACGUGCUGCCCUGGGAGAGCGUGCUGCGUGUGUGGGACGUCAUUCUGUACGAGCGCAAUCGCAGCAUGCUCUUCCGCACAUGCCUUGCCCUCCUCGACAUGCACUGUACCAUGCUCUUCCGCACAUGCCUCGCCCUCCUCGACAUGCACUCCACGCUGCUGCUAUCAAUGCAGGAGACGGGAGACAUGAUGUCGGCACUGCAGUCCAUGGCAGCAUCCACCUUUGACAGCUCGCAGCUCGUGCUCGGUGCAUGUGUGGGCUACAUGGACGUCAAUGAGAGCAUGCUCGAGGACCUGCGCACGAAGCACCGCCCAACGAUAAUGCACCGGGUGGACGAGCGCAGGGAGGUGCUCAAGCGCUGCCGCAGCACCCGCACCGCCAAGAUCCACGCGGAAGCCCUGGCCGUUCUGCAGAGGCUCGCACUGCACAGCACCGCACUCGGCUCCCCUCUCGGCCCGUCCUCCUCCCGCGCCUCCCCUCUGUCCAUCCCUUCGUCGUUUGACGACUCAGUGCUGCCCUCCCCCUCCCCUGCUGCUAGAAUGGGGAGAUUACGAGCUUUUGCAGAUGAAGGGGAGAGGAGGAGGGAGGGGAGAGAGAGGAAGGGGAAGAAGGAGGGAAAAGCAGGAGGCAAAGGGGAUGGAAAAAUGGCAGGAGGAGGCGCAGGGGGGAGGGUAGGCAGUGCUGGUGCUGAAAGUGCUACUGACGAGAACGGAGAUGGAGACACUAGUUGGGUGGAUUUGGGGGCAGGAGACGCGUCCCCAUCCUCCUCUGCCUUCUCCUCCCCGUCCUUCACUCCUCCUGAUUCCCCCCUUGCAAGCUUCAAGCUUCCCAGUCACCUUCCCCCACCCGUCUCCUUCCCUCCACACACGCUCCUACAUCCCCUCCCUCCUCCCCUGCCACUCACUCGCUCCUCCUCCCUCUCACGCCUCUCCCCACCUGCUGCGCCCUCCUUCCUCAUCUGCCCUGUGCAACCGCUGCAGUUCCCCGCACACGCCUCCGCCAACCCUAAUAAAUCAACCGCUGCUAGUGCCGAAGCUGGUGCCGAACCUGGCGCUGAACUGGCAGCAUCCGGUUCGGCAGAAGCAUGGACUCAGCUGGCCCUGCCAGCCUCGGUGGUCGAGGCUCUCGAUUCAAUGCUGGGAGGAGGAGAAACGGAGGUGGGGAGAGAGGGGGGGAUGGAGAGAGGGAGGGAGGGUGAAGGGGCAGCAGUAGCAGAGUCAGAUCUCUCCCCUACCUUUUCGCCUCCCUCCUCCCCCUCCUCUCCCCCUUCAUCCGACUUCUCCCCUCCGUCCCCCGGAUCUCCCUCAGUUGCUUUGGAAGAGGAUGGGUUGUUUCGGGAUGGUGAGGGUACAGGGAAGGAGAAGGGGAGGAGGGUCGAGAGGAGUGGUGGGAAGGAGAAGGGAGAGAAGGAGCGGGAAGGCAAGAGGGAGCCAGGGAGGGAGAAGAGGCGAGAGGGGGAGGGGAGCAGGAAGGAGAAGGGGAGAGCGAAGGAGGGAAAGGGUGAUGAUUUAAAGGGAGGUAGCGGUACUGGUGGAUUGGCGUCAGACUCGUUACAGUCACAUUUCCGACAGUCACAUUCACUUUCUGGACAUCAGCCCAGUGCUGGGAGGGGGGCGGAUAGUAGCGGUAAAGGGGCGAGCAAUAAGGGGGAUAGCAGGGAGUGGAAAUCGCCAGGAGGGAGAGGCAGGGGUAUUCGGCCUCACAGCUUAAAUGAGAGGCGAAGCCCUGGUGUUGGUGGUGACGCAAGGGUACAUGGGAGGAUCGGCAGGACGAGCAGUGCAGAUGUGUGGAGAGUGGCGGACAGGGGUGCUGGUGGUGGUGGGAGAGGUGGAGGGGGUGGAGAGGAGCAGGAGGAACGGAGGGAUGGGGAGGGGUUGGGAGGAGUGGAGGAGGGGAAGGGCGGUGCGGAGAGCAGAGGAGGGCGGCAUGUGCGGGUUGAAGUGGCGACCGAGUUGCAAGCACAGGUGGCGUGGCUGAAGGAGCAGCUGGUGUUUGCACUGGAGGCGAGGGAUGAAGCCAUCCUCAGGGCCGAGGCUUUGCAAGCAGCCAUGGUGGAGAUGGGGCAGUCUACCACAAACCAGGCCCUCGUCGCUAAGAUUGACGAACUUGAGAAUGCACUGAUUGUCGCCCGAAAGCAAAUAGAGGCGCACAGGAGGGAGUUAGCGCAGCAGCAGCGGGCAAUGGAAGCACAACAGGAAGCUUCCACGCGGUUGCUUCUAGAGCAGCAGGAGGAGGCGGCACGGGCAUUGGUGGAAGCAGUGAGGGGCAAGGAUGCGGAGAUGGAGAGGGAGGUGGGGGCGCUGCUGGGCGCACUGAGGGGCAAGGAGGAGCGCAUGAGGGGGGAGAUAGAGGCGCUACAGGACAAGGUGGAGGAGAGGGAUGCUGAGAUUGGACGGCUCUCACGGCGGUUGGAGCGAGCAGCCAAGGACAUGGAGGACAUUAUAGCGGCCAAUGCACAGCAGGUGGAGACGCAGAAGAAUGUCAUUGAGAUGCUCGCGGAGAGCAGCCGGGAUGCACGGCAGAAGCUGGCAGCCAUGGAGGAGAGGGCGCUCGCAGCAGAGAGAAUGGUGGAAACCUUCGUGGAAGCUUCCUCUCUGGAGGAGGUCCAAUUGAUGGUGGAUGACUUGCCAGCUGUCUCUCCCGGGUCUAUUGACACGUCACCUUCCGUGUUCGCUGACGUCAGCAUGAGAAGCAGCCAGACCAGCGUGACUAGCAGCAGUGUUGCCACGUCAGACGCUGAGCUCGAAAGGAUGACAGCGGCGGCACUUGCGAUUGGAGGUGGUAACAGAGGUAACACAAGACAAUACAUGGGUAGCCAUCACCCGUCGUCGUCCGACUAUUUAAUGCCAUUGGGAGACUCGCAGCAAUCGGUGCAACAGCAGGAGCAGCAGCGCGGGCAUCGACCACACACAGCGCCCGCUAAUCGCCAACCCAUUGCAGUCAGCGAGCGGCAGCCGGUGCUGCUGGAGGCGUUCCUGGAUCUGACGUGUCCGUCCUGCCAGAGCGCGUGGCCCGUGUUACGCCACGUGGCGAAGUUCUACGGGACGAAGCAGCUUCGGUUUGUCGUUCAUCUGUUUUCCAACGCUUUCCACCACAACUCCUAUUUCGCCUCGCAGGCCACUAACGCCGUCGCCGCGAUCAACGGCUCGCUCGCGUUCGACUGGAUCGACGCCGUCUUCGACGCGCAGGACGACCUAUCGCUGAGCGCCACGUGGCACAAGACGCCUGAGCAGGUCGCGGCGCAGCUGGCGCGGCUCGCGGCGGAGCGCCUGGGGAUUGACGAGGAGAGAUUCAAGGGGGCGUUUCUGGACGCUGAGGUUGAAUGGCGCACUCGACUCGCGUUCAAGGUAUUCAGAUUUCGGAUUCUGGAGUACGACGGCUUGGUGUACGGAGGUGACGUCAGCGAGCGGCAGCCGGUGCUGCUGGAGGCGUUCUUGGAUCUGACGUGUCCAGACAGCAAGAGCGCGUGGCCCGUGUUGCGCCACGUGGCGAAGUUCUACGGACGAAGAAACUUCGAUUUGUCGUUCACCUGUUCUCUAACGCGUAAGAUCGUCCCCUUCCUCAGGCUUCCACCACCGUUCCGCCUAGUCCUCUUGUUAGCGAUUUCUGAGAAUUCUCAAAAAUCUUUCCACCACAACUCCUAUUUCGCCUCGCAGGCCAUCAACGCCGUCGCCGCGAUCAACGGCUCGCUCGCGUUCGACUGGAUCGACGCCGUCUUUGACGCGCUGGACGACCUAUCGCUGAGCGCCACGUGGCAAAAGACGCCCGAGCAGGUCGCGGCGCAGCUGGCGCGGCUCGCGGCGGAGCGCCUCGGGAUUGACGAGGAGAUAUUCAAGGGGUCGUUUUUGGACGCUGAGGUCGAAUGGCGCACCCGACUCGCGUUCAAGCGAGCUGGCUUAAAGUCGGCUCACUCGGUGAUCCGUUUCACAACAACCCCCUUUCUCUCUCCCCCUCCUCGUGUGCUGUACGGGUGCUCAAGAGCAGUGGUGGGGACGCCAACCUACCUGGUGAAUGGAGUGGCGGUGCCGGCAGCUGCAACCGAGUGGACCAUCUACGACUGGCGGGCCCUUCUCGACCCGCUCGUGGACUCGCCCGGCCUGCCUUCACACGCCCACUCCCCUCAGAAGCUGGCACUCUCGAGUGAAGCUGGUCUCUCUCCCCUGACCGCACCGAGGUAA